UAUAUAUAAGCAAAUAGAAAAAAAUAAUUAUUAAGUUGACGAGAUAAAUAACGAAAUGAAAGUUGCACUUCUUUUGGUAGCCGUAUUGGCGGCAUGCAAUGCCUUCCCUCUUGAGGAGCCGGAACAGGACAUGUCCAUCUUCUUCGAGCAUGUGGACCUCAACGCCCGUAUCGUAGGCGGCAGCCAAGCCGGUAACGGUGCUCACCCCCACAUGGUCGCCAUUACCAACGGUGCUAAUGUCAGGAACUUAGUUUGCGGCGGCUCCAUCAUCUCCCGCAGGACUGUCCUUACCGCUGCCCACUGCAUCGUGCCCAUCCGCAGCGGCAACAAUGUUAAUCCUAACGCUCGCGCCACCGUCGGUACCAACCGCUGGGCAUCUGGUGGUCAGAUGUACUCGUACCAGAGAUUCGUCAUCCACCCCAACUACAACGCCAACACCAUCAAGAACGACAUCGGUGUGCUCCACACCUCCAGCAACAUCGUCUGGAAUAACGCUGUCAGGGCUAUUGCUGUUAACUACGAUUUUAUCGGAGACAGAAUGAACUCCAGAGUUGCUGGAUGGGGCAGAAUCAGGGCCGGUGGUGCUAUCUCUGCCAAUCUACUCCAACUGAACGUGCAAACUAUCGAUGGCAACCGUUGCGUGCGUGACGUCGCUAGUGUCGCCGCCAGCCUUAACAUAAGGGUUCCCGCUGUUAACCCCAAUGUUGAGCUCUGUACCUUCCACUCUCGCAACCACGGCACUUGCAACGGUGACUCUGGUAGCGCUCUGCUCCGCGUGGACCGCGGCCAGCAAAUCGGUAUCGUGUCUUGGGGUAUCCCGUGCGCCCUGGGCGCUCCCGACAUGUUCGUCAGGAUCAGCGCCUUCAGAAACUGGGUCCAGAGCAACACCGUCAACUAAAUUAUUCUCAAUUUUCAACUUCAACUUAAAGAAUAAUUUUAAUAAACUCUUUCAAUUUA